AUGACUUUUUCUGUUGGGACAAUUCUUCUGGCAGCUUAUUUGAAGGAAAAACUCACUAGAGAGCCAGCUAUACGCAAAGAGCCAACCGUUGAAUAUGUGGGUGGGUCUGUACAUACACUGACAGAGAUUGACCCUAACAAGUUGAGUUUCUUUGAAAUUCGAGAUUUAUGCCAUCUAGUUGGUGCUCCUAAAGAACAUAGUAGAUAUAGGUAUUUACUUCUUGAAGGUGAUCUACAGGAUGAUUUAAGAGAUAUAGAAACAGAUGCAGAUAUCUUGAACAUGACCACCUUUCAUAGGGCAUGGCCAGCUAAAAAAAUCAUAAUCUAUACUGACAUAGAUGUGGAGCCACUGGCAGUUGAGUAUCCUGAUGAAGGGGGAGUGGCAAAUGGUGGUGUAGGUAGUGAUGCAGUAAGGGAUGAAAUAGAUUUGGAUUAUGAUGAAGAUGAUGAGAAUGAUGAAGAAGAAGAUGUUAAGGAUGUUGAGAUUGGUGCAAGAGAUGAAGAACAGGAUGUUGAGGUUAGUGCAAGGGUUGAAGAACAAAACGUUGAAAGAGAUAAUGAUGAUGAUGAUGAUGAUGAUGAUUGGCUAAAUGAAGGUCUAGAGGGGGAUGACUUUGGUGAUGACAUAUUUACUGCUCAAAACUCAGCUCCACAAGGUUUUGCUCCCAAUACAGCCUCAGAAUCAAGCAAUGCACCCCACACAGCCCUAGAAUCAAGCAAUGCAUUCCAUGCAGACCCUGAGUGGGCUGAGCCAACCCUUGAGGAUGACUUAGUAAGCAUGGAUGGGUCUGAUGAUGAGCAGGUACUUGAGCAUGUAGAGUUUAAUGCUAAGAGUGACAUGAGAAAUGUUGUACUGAAGAAGGAGAUGAAGUUUCCUAAUGCAAAGGUGUUCAGAGCUGCUUUGAGGGAGUAUGCAAUCAAAAAACCUAUUGACAUCAAAUUCAAGCUUAAUGAGAGGACCAAGAUCCAAGCAACAUCAGCUUAUGUUGCUAAGAGGUUCAUUGAGGAUUUUAGCAAAAAUCCAAAUUGGGAGGUGAGUGGUGUACACAACCAUGUGAUGCAAACUUUAUAUGUUGACCUAAGUGUAAACCAAGUGUAUAGGUCAAAGAGAAAGGCAAAAGAUUUGAUCAAUGGAGAUGAGCAAUUGCAAUAUGGUGUCCUUAGGGACUAUGCACAAAUGAUAAACACUGUAGACAAGGGGAGUAGGGUUAUACUGCAGACAGAAAUGGCUGAUGAGACUUCCCAGUCAAAAUUUAAGAGGAUGUAUGUUAAGUUCAAUACUCAGAAGGUAGGAUUUUUAGGUGGAUGCAGGUCAUUUAUAGGUUUAAAUGGUUGUCACAUAAAGCACAAAUUUGGUGGGCAAAUCUUAUCUGCCACUGCCAAGGAUGCAAAUUACAACAUUUUUCCAGUAGCCAUGGCUAUUGUGGAACAAGAAACCAAGGAGUCUUGGAUUUUGGAAAUUUUUGCUAAUGAUAUAGGGAGGCCAGAGGAGCUUCAGUUGGGGCUUAUACCUGCAAUAGAGACAAUAUUCCCUACUAUGGAGCAUAGAUACUGUGUGAAACACAUCUACAACAAUUUCAAAGUUGAUCACAAGGGAUUGGAGCUGAAGGAUGCACUGUGGAGGUGUGUUGUUGCCACAACAGUAAGGGAGUUUGAGAGAUGCAUGCAGUACAUAAGGGAUUUGGAUGAAAAGGCAUAUGAGUAUCUUGCAAAUAUUGCACCUGCACAGUGGACAAGGUCACACUUCACUCCUAGGGCCUUAACAGAUUGUUUGGUAAAUAACUUGAGUGAGUAUUUUAAUACAAUGAUAUUGAAGUCUAAGGACAAGCCUAUCUUGGCAAUGUUGGAGUGGAUUAGGGUUAGACUUAUGACUAGGCUUUACACAAAAAAGGAAGGGAUACAGAAGUAUGCUGGAAAGCUGUGUCCAUGCAUACAAGAUAGGUUGGAGAAAUUGAAGGUUGAAAGUAAGCCAUUUGGUACUACCCCAGCUGGCAAUUUCCUUUAUGAGGUAGGCAGUCAGUAUGAGAGGCAUGUAAUUGAUCUUGUCAAGAAGACAUGUAGCUGGAGGUCUUGGGAUUUAAAUGGCAUUCCUUGCAAACAUGCCAUAACAGUCAUUUAUACAAACAUUGAGACACCAGAAGACUAUACCCACCCAUGCUAUUUCAAAGAAACUUACAUGGAGAUAUACAAGGAGGUACUUCCUCCCAUGCCUGGCCAGUCAGAAUGGGCUGAGACUGGACAGCCUACUCCCCUAGCACCUCACAUAUACAAACCACCAGGCAGGCCACCCAAGCAAAGAAAGAGGGCUUCUGAUGAGCGAAGGAACCCUUACAAAGCAAGUAGGCUGAAUAGACUUGUAAAAUGUGGGAAAUGCAAAAAGGAAGGGCAUAACUCAAGAGGGUGCAAGGCUGGCAUCACUGGAGAGACACCAUGGCAGAGGAGAUAG